CUCCGGACUGGAGAAAUAUCCCAGAGCCAGCCAACUAGUGACCCCUGGAUUUAAAGGCCUUCUCUAUCUUAGAUACUUGAGAGGGCCAGCAUUUAGGAAUCAGGAAGGAAGGGAAGGUUCCCACAGCAUGGCCAGUGGAAAGCAGGAGCAGAUGAAUUAUUAUGUGGGCAUUGACGUGGGGACGGGCAGUGCCCGGGCAGCUUUGGUCAGCCAGCAGGGGACCCUUGCUGCUUAUGCGGAGUACCCCAUCCGAAAGUGGGAACCUCAAGCAGACCACCAUGAGCAGUCCUCUGAUGACAUCUGGGCUGCAUGCUGCAUCGUCACAAAGAAAGUGGUACAGGGAAUAGAUGCUGCUCGGAUUCGAGGACUUGGUUUUGACGCCACGUGCUCACUGGUUGUCUUGGAUAAGCAGUUUCAGCCAUUGCCAGUAAACCAGGAAGGGGACUCCAAUAGAAAUAUCAUCAUGUGGAUGGACCACCGUGCAGCCAGUCAAGUAGAGAGAAUAAAUAGAACCAGACAUCAAGUUCUGAAAUUUGUUGGAGGGGUGAUGUCUGUGGAGAUGCAGCCUCCUAAACUUCUAUGGCUUAAGGAGAACUUGAGGGAGUCUUGCUGGAAUAAGGCAGGACACUUUUUUGAUCUGCCUGACUUCUUAUCAUGGAAGGCAACUGGUGUCCUGGCCAGAUCUCUUUGUCCGUUGGUAUGCAAAUGGACCUAUUCUGCUGACAGUGGAUGGGAUGAGAGUUUCUGGAAGAUGAUCAAUUUGGAAGAUUUUGUGGCUGAUAAUUACAGCAAAAUAGGAACCCAAGUGCUAUCUCCUGGAGAUCCUCUUGGCAAGGGUCUCACCCCAGAAGCUGCUAAGGAACUAGGCCUCCCUGCAGGCAUUGCUGUGGCAGCAUCAUUGAUUGACGCCCAUGCUGGAGGACUAGGAGUGAUUGGAGCAGAUGUGAAAGGGUAUAACCUACCCUGUGAAAACCAGUCAAUUACCUCUCGUCUGGCUGUGAUCUGUGGAACAUCUUCUUGUCACAUGGGGAUCAGCCCAAACCCCAUUUUUGUGCCAGGCAUUUGGGGCCCCUACUUCUCAGCUAUGGUUCCUGGAUUUUGGCUAAAUGAAGGAGGGCAGAGUGUUACUGGAAGACUGAUAGAACAUGUGGUCCAGGGACAUGCUGCCUACCCUGAAUUGCAAGUGAAGGCUUCAGCCAGAUUCCAAAGUAUCUAUACAUGUUUGAAUAGUCACCUGGAUUCCAUUAAGAAGUCUCUGCCUUUGGGUUUCCUCACUGUUGAUUUACAUGUUUGGCCAGAUUUCCAUGGCAACCGUUCUCCCUUAGCAGACCUGACACUGAAGGGCAUGGUCACAGGAUUGAGACUGUCUCAUAGCCUCGAUGAUCUGGCUCUUCUCUACCUGGCCACAGUUCAAGCCAUUGCUCUUGGCACGCGUCAUAUUCUGGAGACGAUGGAGGCAGCCGGCCAUUCAAUCAGCACCUUGUUUCUGUGUGGGGGUCUCAGCAAGAACCCUCUUUUUGUGCAGAUGCAUGCUGACAUCACUGGCUUGCCUAUCGUCCUUUCCCAAGAGGUGGAGUCUGUGUUGGUGGGCGCUGCCAUACUGGGAGCCUGUGCCUCUGGGGACUUCACUUCAGUCCAGGAGGCAAUGGCAAGGAUGGGAAAAGUUGGGAAAGUUGUAUUCCCCAACCCUGAGGAGAAGAGAUUUUAUGACAAAAAGUACAAAGUAUUCUUGAAGCUUGUUGAACACCAGAAGGAAUACGCAGCCAUCAUGAAUGAAGACAUCUGAGCUGUGCUCGGUUUGGCCAGAAAGGCUCAGUUCUGGGCUCUGGUCACUCUCUCUACUUGUAUAACUUGUGAUGGGGUAAGAACACUCCUGUAUCAUCUUAAAUAAAGAAGCCUGAGACGUGGA